AUGAAAGAUCCAAGUCACUACAAGUAAAUUUAUUAUAGUAUUAUUUCCUCACCAAAAAAAGGUACUAUUCGGCCCUAGAGUGUGUCUGGUGUAGAUUCUCGGCUUGUGUCGGAUUUAAGAAGUGUGCUUCGUGUUGGAAGAUUAAAAGGUUGUUUGUCCAGGAGCUACGAGAACAAGAAAUAUGACGACUUUUGCCACUUGUUUUCCGUGGCUGUGCAACAAAAAAUAAUAUAAUAAACAAUAAUCAAAUAAAGAACUUAACAUCGUCACAAGCUUUGAAGCUUUUUGAAAAUUUGCGUAUCGUUUACGACCGUACAUAUGUAUGUCGUUUAGUCGACUACCCCCUACAGGCCAAAACGGAGAAAAUAAACAAAUUUUGUUUUUAAAAUAUAGGUUUUUUAAUCUUUGAUUUUAAUCAGCGUUGUAUGAGCGGGUUUAAAUGAUUUAAGAAGUGCUUAUUUAAGUUUGUAGGAGAAAUAUUCCUCCAGAGCGUACAAUUGUACAAUUCGUACACUAAUCUUUUAAUGGUUGUAUUCCACUAGCAAAAAAAACAACAAUAAAUUUGUGUUGAUGUUGUUUGUUUGCCAGAGUUUCUUUCAUUUCUUGGCUUCCGGGCUGCGAACUACAAACCAAUCCACGCAACGGAAUUUAUUUAAAGCCCGAAAAAAUUAAUUAAGAACCUUUAGAAAUUACAUGCAGCUACAUAUGUAUAAACUAUAUAUAUACAUUUUAACACAGCCUUUCGUUAAAUUAUAGUACACGCACACAAAUAGUACAUAGCAAACAAGAGAACAACAGCAGGCGGCAGGGUGAAAUGGAGUGCCGCGCUUGAGUGCCUGCUGAUUGACAUAUGUAUGGCAGGAGAAAAUUGAAGAUUUGCGCGGACCACGCAAAAAUUCACAUGUGUACAUGGAGAUUGCCGAGUCCAUGAAGGAGGCUGGGCUUGAGCUUGGAUGGGGCGAGAUAAGGACAAAGCUCGAGAACAUGACCAAAAAAUACAGGAUUGAAAAAAAUAAAAUUGGAACGAGCGGGGGUGCUCCAUCUGGGUGGCAACAUUACGAUAAAUUAGACUCAUUUCUGGGGUGCUACCGGAUAAACAACAUGGAGCAGAGCACAUUGGACAACUACAAUCCUAAUAAGUACUUUUCGAGUAUUAUUGAGAUGGACCUGGACGGAUCUUGUUGCUCCAGCACCUUGUCUGGGCCUCCGCCAAAGAAAAAGACCGACAUUUCGUUGCUGGCAGAGAUCGCCCAGGAGCGUCUCGAACAACAAAAGGACCACCACGUUUUGCUGUGCAACCACAGCCGAAAUAAUUGCUAUAUCUUCAUCAUCCAGUAUAAUAAUUAAUAAAUCUUCCGCGCAAAUUUAAUGAA